AUGGCAUCCUCCAGCAACAUCUCCGAAUCAUCUCCCCUCCUGCCUUCCGAGAGCAGCUCAUCGCGCCCCGUACCACCAGCGAAGCCCGUCCGCAAUGUCACCUUCAACCCGCAGGUCUCGACUGCCAGCCCACCCAAGCGACGACCCGCUUUCCCUGCGCAGGCCAACAAUGCGAAUCCCAGCGUCGGCACUGCAGCCAUCUCGACAUCGACAUCAGAUCGGCCAGGUCCUCUCUCCGCUCUUAACAGCAAGCUGAGGAGAAGGAAUAGCUCUGGCGCGGCUCUGCAACUCCCUCCAUCACAUCCAAUCUCGAAGAUUGGACCGCAGCGGACGACGCGCACGGCGCAGAAACUGAAACUUUUACCGAAUCCGGAUGUCGCAGAAGACGGGCCUGAUGAGGAGAGUGGGAGGGAUGUGUAUAGUCAAUUUACAAGGAUAAAAGACCCUACUGCGAGACGCGAUGCGGCGCGGUUGGGCAAGGAGGAUCGCGCGAAGCUGCCGCGGGUGACGGCGUACUGCACGGCGAGUUCGUACAGGAUUGAGGAGUUGAUGCGGUUUUUGAAGGGGAGGAUGAAGACGAAGAGCACGAGUCCGAAGUUGUUUGAUGAGUGUCUUUACACGCCUUAUUCAUACCGGAAAGAGGGCGGGGGCUCGAGGAGGAGACGGAUGAGCAGGGAACAAGAAGAGGAGGAGGAGAGGGAAAGAGAGGGGACGUUGGCGACGGUGCAGUCGCAGCCGCAGAGGAGGUUCUCGGAUAGCGCGUUGGAGGUGGACGAGAAUGCCGAGAGGAGGAGGGAGGAUUUGAUCGAUUUGAAUACUACAGAGGCGAACGAGUCUGCGAUCGAGAUGGGCGAGUCUAGUCAAUCAGCUGCGCUAGAUGAUACGGUGAUAUCGACAGAGUCUGCCGAGCAACCCAUACAAUCGACGCCGGACCUAGACACGACGGUGCACGUACCGGAGGUUUUCCUCUUCGAAUACGGCGUCUGUGUGAUAUGGGGCAUGACGCUGAAGGAAGAGCAGCGAUUCCUGAAGGAGAUCUCCAAGUUCGAACAGGAAAAGCUGAGCAAGGACGAUGUGCAGACGGAGGAGUUCAACUUUUACUACACGAGGGAGUAUCAGGCGAGGAUCUAUAAUGACUUUAUCUCGUUGAGGGAGAAGAGGAACUAUAUGACCAAGUUGGCGAUUAGCCAUGCUUUGGCGCAGAGUACGAAGACCUCGCUCUACGAAGACCUCGUCGAUGCCACCAUCUCCACGACCCAGAACAUCCCCUCGCAAAUCGCCACCACGGGCCGCAUCAACCUCACCCGCAAGGAAAUCAACAUGCAAAUCGGCGAGCUCUUCAUUUUACGGAUCAACAUCCACCUGCAAGGAUCUGUCCUCGAUGCUCCCGAGCUCAUGUGGGCGGAACCGCAGCUCGAGCCGGUAUAUCAGGCUGUGAGGAGUUAUCUGGAGAUGGACCAGAGAGUUGCACUCUUGCAGGAACGGGUGGGUGUUAUUGCGGACUUGUUGGCGGUGUUGAAGGAUCAGUUGAGUCAUACGCAUGGCGAAUAUCUCGAGUGGAUCGUGAUCGUGCUCAUCGCGGCAGAGAUUCUGGUCGCGGCGAUAAAUAUCGUGGUGGAUUUGUAUGCUGGUGUCGACUAG